AUGGCCCAGCGAGGCGGGGAUUUUCUCCGCGGUGAGGCUGGCCGCGGUCGAAAGCCGCCAGACCGCGACCCACGGCCUCGUCGCCGUCAGGCCGCUAAGAAACUCGUCGUUGUAGUCAAAGGCGACGAGCUCGCCCAGCUCGGGCUGGCCGAAAACGGCCCCCACGCGGUAGUCGGGCGAGCUCGCCUCCGUGGGGUUGGCCUCCCCGACGUUCGGCAGGACCCGAGUUUCCACUUUGUAGAGCAGAAUACUAUGCGGCGAGGCGACGGCGAAGUGGCCGGACUUGGCGAUGACCCCGCGCCCGCAGGAGGCCCCGCACCCUGGCGGCACAAAGGCCACGGGCGCGAGCGACAUCUGAGGGCCGGAGAUGGGCAGAACGCGCAGCCGCCGAUUCCGUCCGGACGGUCGAAAGAAACACCACACACACAAAAAAAAAACCACACACGUCCGACGCGACGGCGAAUAACUGCGAUGGGGUCGUAA